GGAGAUGUCAUUGGACAAUCACCAAUUCCCGAAUCUGACUGAUCGACUUGCCCCUCCUCCAUUACGAGUAGAUAAAGAGAUAACGCACCUCCUCGGCGAACCUUCAGCCCUACCACUCUUUCAGCACGUUGAAUUGGCUCUGUACCUCAAGCAAAAACACCCUCACGAUGGAAAUCAGCCAGAAAUCAGAUACCAAAAAUCGUCCCGAUGAGUGGAUGAUUGAGCAGGGCAUGGCGGGCCACAAGCUGCCCAUCCUCGACCAGACCGGCAAGGAGACCAUCCAUAUAUAUCCUCGCCCACCUGCCAAGGUCAAGCAGGACAGGAAAGCACUUGAGGCGGUUGGAGAUCGCGAUGAACUGUUCGCUCGGGAGCGGGAGGGCUGGGUUGGAUACGUGGAAUGGGAAGAUUACCCAGAGAAGAAGGCCAAGGCGCAUAAGAUCCUUACGUCUCAGACCUUUCCGGAUUGUCCGGACUACCAAUUCGGACCAAUUCCCGGCACCAACCCCGUGCUGUCAGGAGACGACUUCAAAGCCUGGCAUGCUGCCAUCGGCGGCGAGCUGACAACCGUGGCCAAUGACUCAUGGGAGACGGUCCUGAGGGAGAAGCAUCCUGAUAUGCUGCAUCUGUUGCAGUUCCCGUACAACGGAGAGCCGCCCAAGCGGUUGGUGACGUCGAAGCCCAUCACUCCGAAUCCUUUGCAUUUCGUGCGCAACCACGGUGGUAUUCCGCUUAUCGAUAAGGAUAAGUUUGAACUCAAGCUGGACGGACUAGUCAAAAACCCAAAGACAUACACCCUGGACGAACUGAUGGACGAGACUCGGUUCUCGCGCAUGGAGAAAACUAUCACCAUGCAAUGCUCCGGAACUCGUCGAAUCGAACAGAUAACUCUAUAUCCUGGUCAAGGGGACGAGGUCCCACAAGCUCCUUGGGCUGAAGGAGCCAUUGGAACGGCCAGAUAUGUCGGUAUCAGCUUGAAGAAGGUCAUCAAGGAUUGCGGGGGGUUGAUCGACGGGGCCAAACAUCUCGAAUUAUAUGGCGCGGAAACGUACGUCAAGGACUUGGAGGUGAUGAACUACGUGGUCAGCGUGCCCUGGUCUAAGGUCAAGGCCAAUGAAGUCAUGCUCGCCUGGGAGAUGAAUGGUGAACCUCUCCCGAAAAUCCACGGGUACCCCUUACGGGUCAUGGUUGCCGGUUACAUAGGGGCCAGGUCAGUCAAAUGGCUUUACAGAAUCAAGGCAAUCGAAAAUGCUUCAAUUGCUCCAGUUCAAAGCCGUGAAUAUCUCUACUUCAACCAGCAGGUCGGCAAGUACAACCAGCGCCCGAUUGACGGGAUUCAGAUCCAGGAGAUGCCUGUCAGUUCGGCGAUCAUGUCACCCUGGCAGCACCAAGUUAUCUUCCACAACGGGUCAAUCGCAUGCAAGGGAUGGGCCUACAGUGGCGGUGGACGCUGGCCAGAGCGUGUCGAGCUAUCAGCAGACGGCGGUUUCACUUGGUACGCGGUCCCCGAAGAGCGCCUGUCCAAAAAGGGCAAAUGGACGUGGCGAACAUGGGAGAUCGAUAUUCCCUGCGAUGUAGAAGGAUGGAUCGAGCUUGUUGUGAGAACAUGGGAUAACGCCCUCAACACUGAACCUAUCGGAAUCCGUCAGACCUGGAACUGGGGGUUGCACGUCACGUCUUCCGCGCACCGCGUCAAGGUGUACAGUGUAAACAAGACUCACGAGCUGACCAAGAAACGCCUUGCAAAAUUCGAGGAGCUGGGCAUUCCUCUUGCGCCACUCACUCACUACGAUGCUGUCCCCGGUCUGAGCGAUAAAGAGUUGGACGAGUAUUGGAAGAUUCAUCCCCGUGACGUCGAUGAGUGAUCCUGCCCGGUCGCGAUGGCGGUAGGUUCAUGUCAUGGCCAAUCGGAUAGCCACGGAUCCUCGAGCUUAUCUCCACGACCCGCGGGGCUUAUCGCGCAUUCAGGAAUGAGAGAUUCCGUCACAUUUCAUCUUAUCUGAUGCUAAGGAGUUCUGUCGUUCAUUUGCCUGCCUGUAAGGCCUUAACGAUCGUUUGGGUGCUACGAAACCAUAGUUGUAGACGAGCUGCUGUAAUCGAUCCAAUUAGCUUAGGGCUUCCUGCUACUGUCCAA